AUGGACAUUGAAGAAAUACAAAACUCACCAUGUGCAAUCAUUUCCAAUAGGUCCUCACGGCCAUCUUCAUAUAGAGUAUACCUUGGAUUACACAAAGAAGCAGCGUUAGAGCCAUCAGUACAAAAACUUGAUGUGGAGAAAUUGUUCAAGGAGCCACGCAGGGCAGACAUUGCUCUGCUAAAACUCAGCAGCCCAGCAGUCAUUAAUGAUCAUGUAAUCCCGGUUUGUUUACCAAAAGAAAAUACUGUGUUAGGAGGAAGAGAGGAGUGCUAUGUCACGGGCUGGGGGGAUACAAGAGGAACUGGUGGUACUGGUUACUUAAAGGAAACUGGAUUUCCUGUAAUUGAGAAUAAAAUAUGCAACCGCCCUGAAUUUUUGAAUGGUAGAGUCAAAAACAGUGAGCUCUGUGCUGGGAAUAUUCAUGGUGGCACAGACACCUGUCAGGGGGACAGUGGAGGACCUCUAGUCUGUCUGGACCAAGAUAAAUUUGUUCAACAUGGAGUCACCUCUUGGGGCCUUGGCUGUGCCCAACCCAUGAAACCUGGUGUUUAUGUUCGAGUUUCCAACUAUAUUCCUUGGAUUAAAAGUGUAAUGGAAAGCAACUGAUCCUGGCUAUGGACUGCCCCCUCCUGGGAAGAAGGACGCACAUCAGAAAUACAAGAUUCCAAGUGCAAUAGUAAAGCUACAAUCAUUCAUAAGAAAGUAAAAUAAAUAUGAUCAUCCAUUUUAAA